CUGGUUGCUUUCAGUUUAAAAGUCUUCAGAUCAUUUUAUUAAGUUCUGAAAUAAAGAAAACAAAAAUCAAGAGGGUUAGGUUUAGGCCGGUUGUAUCUAUAACCACCUACAUGCAUUUAUUGCAGCAAUGGGUGUUGGAACCAACUCUCCAGCGUGUGUCUUUCACAUGAACUGAGGAAUGUUGUUGGGUCACUUGAUACAGGUUGGCACCGGCAGUCGGGCUGAAUGGUUGUCUCAGUGUAGUCAGAGUCGUUUCCUUAUCCUAAUACACCUUAUAUCUGAGGCUCCUGUCUUUAUGGGGGGAGUUCUCUUUUGGUAUCUAUUCAACAGGUAUUAGGACACACUCUGUCUGUUUUAUCAAAAGUCACCGAGGGAAAAGGAUCCAGUGAAGCAAUGUAUCCAGAUGGUUUUAACGCUGUUGCAAUCCUUGGAGUCAUCUUUGGAUCUCUUUUUUGCUUUGUCCUGCUUUUCGUUCUGAUCAUCUGCUGCGCGUGUCCUUGCUGCUUGAUUUACAAAAGCUGUCACAAGAGACAUAACCAAGUUGUGACGACCACCACCCAAGUAGUCAACGUACCCAUGCAGCCGCACCCCCCUCAUCCAUCCUACCCAGGAUACCAGCCUGUGCCUGGCCUGGGUGGAUAUGGAGGCCUGCCCGGACCCACAGCACCACCACAUUCAUACAUGGAAGCAGCUCAUCCACCUUACUCUCCAGUUCAAUUUCCUCCGGGCCAGCCCAUGAACUCGUUUCCACCUCCUGGACAGUAUUAUCCACCACCGCCACCAUAUUCAGACGACAGGGAACAUCCACCCUACAACCCCUCAUUUGGCCCAAAGGCCUGAACUGCAGCAUCUUUCUCAUGGGACUGAGUGAGUGGAUGUGUGUAGUAAAGCUGCUUUGUUCGAUGUCACAUUCAUGUUAGAAAUAUUAUAUUGGGGAAAAGUACAAUUUUAUAACUUAGCUACCAGAAAUCAUUGCUGCGUAUUGCUGAUGUUUUUUUUGUAUGUGUACACCUAUUAUACUUAUUUAGAGUAUAUUUGUUCAGCAGUUUCCCAUUUUAAGAUAUGAUCAUGUAUAUAUGUUUGUGUUGAAUGUAUAAAAAAAAGGAAAGAUCAGACACACAUUUCAAAUCGGUGAGAGCACAACCAUCAAGGCCAAUUAUACUGAUAAUUAUUAUUCAUCAGUACAACUCAGAUUCCAUCAUUAAUAUUCAUAAUGCCCUGAAGUCUAGAUUCUCUCAGUUGAACUAGGAGUCCACUUCACCUUUUUUUUUAUUGAACUCAAACUGCCACUAGAGGUCGCCACCACCCCACUUCUGUAUAGAGACGGGUAAACGUUAAGCUGUUGCUACACAGGGUUGUGGUUUCAAAUGCUAAUAAAUAAACCUGACAAAAAACAUUUGUUUAAUUUUCUCGCAAAGAUCCCGGAUUAAAAUCCCAGGUGCCUUCAUCUUGACCAACCGAUGAACCGGGUAACAUGGUUCACUGUUUCAAGUUCAGAGGAAUAAUUAUCGAGGCUCACACACUCCCACCUUGAAACUUCCAGUUUGAUGUCUACAACAGAAUAACACAGUGUAAUCAUCUGAUGCCUUUAAUUGCUUUAAAAUGAUGCAUUUUUAGCAGAAUGCUGCAGCACUUACACUGGAUGAAUCUGCAGCACAACAAAAGAAAGCCACACUCCAACAACACUCUCUGUGUUGUGUAACUUAAAGCAUCUCCAGAGAUCAUUAAGUACAAGCUCUUGCCUAUUCGGCCCAAGUACGUAGAAUGGAUUAUUAAAACAAACUUUUUAUCCUGUCGUCCUGAAUCCAUUUUCAGUUGUGAUAUUGUACAUUAAGGAGCAGUUGCACCUAUAAUAAUAUGAGGUUGAUCAUGACACUGGUGAUUAUGGCUCGUUCCUGGUAUCGUAAUCACAUGACGUUUUAGUUCAUUUAAAAUAACUGCACAACAGUUUUCUGAAAGUUCUGGUCUCUUUCAUAAAGAUACUGGUGAUGUACAAAAUGAACAAAUAGGCCUUUCUUCACAGUGGACAUUUUUUUUCACGAGGAACAAUGACCUUCUUCUGCCAACAUGCACAGUACCGGAAAAAGUACUGAGAGUAAACAUUCGUAACUACUUUAUAUACAUUAAUUAUGUAAUUGAGCAUUAGGGAAGCUGCAGUUCAAUAAUAAAGUUAACAGUUUUACUCUAAUGGCAGCCUGGGAGAAUAAUGAACAAAUAUAUAAGUGUGAGAAUGAGGUGUUUCCAUUUAUUCUCUUUCAAAUCGAAUACAUUGCAGUUUUCCUCUUUUCUUAAACAUUUUAAUAAUUACUUAAAUUCUUCUUCCCUUUAAAUCUCCAAUUGUAAUUCAAGUUUUCUCUCUUGUUUUCAUCCUGUGUUCAAGUACCUGUUUCCAAUGAACAGUUUUAUGUUAUCUCACCACACCAAAAGUACAUUGUAAAUCACAGGCUGUAUCAUAAAGGGUUGUCAACACAGUGAUCACAACUGCAAAUGCAUUAUCAGAACUAUCUAUAGAAGCUUUGCAGUUUUGCUCAUGGAAUUCUUUUUUUUGUGUUUGUGUCACUCCGUAAAAAACGAUUGUAUUUUCGAGCAGUGCAUCAAAGCAGUGGAGAAACUCUGCAAUCUAUUAGCCUACUUAUAAUAAAUAAUCUUAUAAUGAAA